ACUGUUCAAAGGUGAGGUAAGGAGGAAACGGCGCACUCAGAUAAUGCUAAAGUUAGAGAUACCUGCGUGAACUUCUGUCCGCAGUGAAUUUACUAUAAAUAUAUAAAUAUAUACACUCAAGAUAAUGUCUAAAAGGGACUUCAUCCCACCGGAUUACCUCCGGAUGCGAGAAAACGUGCGCAUCAUGCAGACCCAUGAGGCAGUGGUGGACAUAAUCCAUGGCAGAAGUGUAGGCUAUAAUCUGUUGGAUGCAUUUACAUAUGGACUAGGUCUAGGUAACUACCCUUCAGAGUUUGUGGAGUAUGUGGAAUCUUCAGAUGAUGAUUAUAAUGAUGAUGAUGAUGAUGAUGAUGACCAUUUUGGCAGCCAGAGCAAUAGAUACUGUGGUUUCACUCCAAACUUUCUGGAUAGAGGAAUUCCAAAAACACUGCCUGCAAUAGCCUUUAGAUCCGUCAAAGGUGUUUCUCCAGAGGAGGCUGCAAAAAAUGCUAAAGAACUGGUAGAUGAAGAGGAAAAACUUAAGAUGAAAGCAGAGAAAAAAAAACAGAAGAAAAUGAGGCAGCGUGAAAGAAAACGGCUUGAAAAAAUAGAGAAAGAAAAUGCAGAUAAAAGCAAAAAGGUUAGUACUGCAUCAGAGAAGCCUGCAGAAAAAGAGUAUAAAAAGAAGAAUAAAACAAAUAACAGUGCACCCGUACCUCCUGAACCUGACCCUGGCCCUCAGACCCAUGAAGCUUCUGAAAACAGUGACUGUUCUGAUGAAGAAGAUGAUCAGGAGAGUGUAACUGAGGAACUGGAGGAACUAGAUAUGAACAGCUGUUUUGUGACAAAUGCAGCAGCCAUCGCUAAGCGCAAAAUAGAACAGAAACCUAAACCUGACAGGAAAGACAAAAAAGAAGAGAAUCUCAGGAAACAUGGGGCAAUAAAAACAAGAACAAAAGAGCCCCACAAUCAGCCUAAACAGACUCAUGAGGAGAAGGAGUCGUCGGGAGAGACAGUUGACUUUGUCACAAAGAGCCUGGUUCUAGCAACAAUGGGAAACGAUUAUGCUGCAGCAGGCAAUUUGGAAAUGGCUGUGAUGUAUUUUACUGAUGCUAUUAAACACAAUCCUAAAGAGUUUAAGUUGUUUGGAAAUCGUUCCUUCUGUUAUGAGAAAAUGCAGCAAUAUGAGAGAGCUUUAGCAGAUGCGGAUAUUGCUCUGUCAUUAAGCCCAACAUGGAUUAAAGGACUCUACAGGAAAGGAAAAGCACUGGUUGGACUUAAGAGAUACUAUGAUGCUAGUCUGAUCUAUAAGGAAGUUUUAAAGUUGGACAGCUCCUGUACUGACGCUGCUCAGGAGCUGAUGAGGGUACAGAUAAUGCAGUUAAUGGAUAUGGGCUUCACUCGAGAGCAGAGUUCAAACGCGCUGAUUAUACACGGAACCGUAGAGAAAGCCUUAGAAGCUCUAUCUGGCCUGCAGGGCAGUAUUGUAGCUAGCCCUGUGCCUGCAGAAGAGGAAUGGGAAUUUGCAGAAAGAAAGCAGCCUUCUAAAGUCCCACUCAGAACAGUCUCUCAGAACCAGCCUAGACCCAACACAGCAGUCAUGCCCACUCCCCCAGAGCUGUUUCCCAUCUGGGUUGGGGACUUAGUGCCUGAAAUAUCGGAGUCAGAAAUCUAUGAGCUGUUCCGUGUCUUUGGACCAGUGUACAGUGUAAAAGUACUGCGGGCAAGACGCUGUGCUUUUGUUAACUUCACCAGCAAAGAUCACAGUGAAAAAGCCAUCCGAGAAAUGCAUGGUUAUGCUGUUGCAGGGACUACUCUUGUGGUGCGCUAUCCUGACAGACUCCACUCACAUCUUGGCGCAUCCAAAGCUGCAGCAACAGAUACUGCAAAAGUUAAUAAAUUGCCUGACGAGUGUUAUUUCUGGAGGACGACAGGCUGCAUUAAGAAUAAUCGCUGUUCCUACAGACAUGUGCCGGAGCACAAGGGCGUUGAUCGAGCCAAAGCUAAGUUUUGAUUGAGCUAUCUGAUGCAACCAGAGAAACUGAUGUUAAUCCAAGGAUCACAAUUAUUCAUAUUCUAUCUCACAUUGAGUUAAGAGACCUAAUUAGUGUGUACACAAUAUACAUACAGGGUGAAUACACUAAAGUUUGCAGUACCCUCUUUUAUUUCAGAAACAAAAGGGAAAAUUACAUAUCUGAAUAUUCCAGCAAGCAUUGGGUUAGGGGGUUGGGUUAUCGUCUUUUAGGCUGUGUCUGGGACAUGGCCGCCAUCUUAAAAGGUGCCAUAUUUUGUUUCUGAAAUAAAAGGUUGUCCAUCAAUUUUUGAGUCACCCUGUUCAUACCUCUACGAAAGGAAGAAUUAUCGGUAAUGGAUGCUGUUUUGCUGAGAUGCCCAGAUUGUUUCCUUGACUGCAACAAUCAGUAUUGAUUUAAAGGCCAAAAUGUUCAUGUUUUGUUUGAUUUCAUCUUGAUGGCCUUUUCAACUGUGUGGGCCAACUUUGAUCCAUAUACCAUAUUUGUAAUCUCCAUUUUUUUCUUUUAAAACAAGUUCUUGAAACAAACCUACAUUCUGUGUUCUUUGCCAUCAGUAAUUGGAUUAAAAGAAAAAAAAGCUCCCUGCAGAUGUUUGAGUUCUUGUGCUUUGAAUGUUGCUGACUUUAUUUUUCUAUGAACAUUUGGUUUUAAAUACAAUUUGUCUUAAACAUUUUACUUUACACUUGUAUGUCUUAAAUCAGAGAAUGUUUUGACCUGUUAGUCUUGAUUAGGCUUUGUAAAGGUUUUCCCCUUGUUUUGUAUUCCAGUUUUCCCCCCUCCUCGUCUCCUCCGGUGUUGUGAUUUUAUUCAUGGUUCAGGAAUAUUAACCCCACUAUAAACAAGUGAAAGACUUUUUUUUUUUUUUUUUUUUUUUUUUUUUUUUUUUUUUUUUUUUUUA